UAGGGCAAACCCCGGCGUGUGGAAUACCCUCGCUGAGGUCCAUACAGUCGGCGCACGACCGCAUAUCAAUCAGUCGCGGAGUCGCCCAGGUCGUCUAGCCAAUCAGAACGCCCAUAUUGAAAUCGCGUUUCGACUUCGUCCAAUCAGAUCCGGGUUUACACGAGCAGCCGCGCGGGUAUUGGCUGGGAUUUGUUUUCUAAGAGGCGCUUUUCGACAGCCUCCUGUCUGCAUGUUCGGAAGCAGCUUGCAGUGUUUUGGGGAAAAGCAAAGGGGGGGGGGAAAAAGAAAAGAAAAGAAAAGAAAAGAAAAGAAGAAGAAGCCUGUGGAGCUAACUGGUUGUGCGUGUUUUUUUCCCCCCUUAUUGUUUAUUUUUAAAAAUUCAUUUCAAGAAGAGAGCGCCAAAUGAAUGAAAUGAACGAAGAAGCAAAAUACCUGCGCUGGAAAUGCUUCAUUAUUUACUUAUUUAUUUUUUGAAUUAUUGUGUUGUUUUUUGUGGCCAAGCCACACACUGGUGCAUUGAGUGAGCUGUGAGGUCUGCUCUCAUCUAUCUGCAUUGAGGGAGGGGGAAAAAAAGAAAACGAAAAAGGGACGGAAUUAAAAAAAAAAAAAAAAAAAAGGUCGAAUAAAAAUGCGGCGCUGAUCUUGAAUGAAAACCCGUCGGAACCCCCUGACGAAAAGUAGUCGCUGCACCUCUCCUCUCCUUUCAUUUCCUGCUGGAUUCCUUCCUUCCUUUUUUUUUUUUUAAAUCGCGCGUGCAUUCCUCUUCGUGCUUUAUUUAUUUAUUUAUUUAUUUAUUAUUUUUUUGGUCAUGCCUUUUGUCUUUUUAUUUGGAAACGUUGCGCGGAGCCAUUUCACGAUGAGGCUCGACUAAUUCUCUCUUUCUCUCUCUCUCUGACACACACACACACACACACACACAGAGGAGUUUAAAAAUGAGGAAGCAUUUUUUAAAAGAUACUGAAAAGAUCCAGGCCUCGUCGUUAGUAGGGCCCGGUUUGCCUGAGAAAAAGAGGAAUGGAGUAAAAACCGAAUAAAGCAAGAAAGAAAGAAAGGGAAAAAUGGACCACGCGUACGGGCGAACACGGACAGCACCAACAACGACGCCGGUGUGUGUGUGUGCGCGCGCGCACGCGCGAGUUUCCCCAUCGAACCGAACAAAAUGAAGCACUUCGACACUUGAACGUCGGUUUAUUGUGUUUCAAGAAAAACAAAUAAUAAUAAUAAACCCAUUUUUUUUUGUUUGGUUUCAAGACGCCAUUCCGUGCCAACCCCCUGAGUUUUGUUUUAAUGAUCUGUUUUUUUCCUUCUUUUUUAAUUGAAUCUUUUUUUGAUCCGGAUCCAGCGUUCAUAUUGUUCAAUGGAAGUAUGUUAUCAGUUACCGGUGUUGCCUCUGGACAGGCCGGUUCCCAAACAUGUGCUGAGCCGGAGAGGAGCGAUCAGCUUCAGCUCCAGCUCCUCUCUGUUCGGCGCUCCGGAUCCGCGGCAGCUGGCGCAGAGACGUGGCGCAAUCUCCUACGACAGUUCUGAUCAAACUGCUCUGUAUAUUCGUAUGCUAGGGGCUUGUGUAAUAUUCAAACAGCUGUUUUCAAGAGAUGUGAGAGUGAGGAGCCAGGUAGGAUUUGAACCCGAACGAAGAGGCUCGCACCCAUACCUGGGUGUCGAUUUCCGCACCUUACACUCCCGUGCCGAGUCUGCGGGAUCGAUUCCAGCCCGGAGGAUCCGUAGGCUUUUCAGUUUCCAGCGUCACCUCCUGUCAUCUCGGUUAUUGCGGGGCGUUCCGCACCAGAACCCCCUGCACAUCCUGGAUGAAGAUUACUGCGGACAAGCCAGGUGUAUGUUAGAAAAGGUUGGAAGCUGGAAUUUUGAUAUUUUCCUGUUCGACAGGCUGACGAACGGAAACAGUCUCAUCUACUUGACCUUAUAUCUGCUAAAUCAUUACGGCUUAAUUGAGCUCUUCCAGUUAGACGUGGUUAAAGUACGACGCUUUUUAGUUCUGGUUCAGGAGGAUUAUCACAAUCAUAACCCGUACCAUAACUCGGUCCAUGCUGCUGACGUGACCCAGGCCAUGCACUGUUACCUGAAGGAGCCCAAGCUUGCCAAGUCCCUUACUUCCUGUGAUAUCCUCUUGGGCUUGCUGGCAGCAGCCACUCAUGACCUGGACCACCCUGGGGUCAAUCAGCCUUUCCUCAUCAAAACCAACCAUUACUUAGCCUCUUUGUACAGGAAUACCUCAGUUCUGGAGAACCAUCACUGGAGGUCGGCAGUGGGUUUGCUACGAGAGACCGAGCUCUUCUCGCAUCUUCCCGCAGAGGACAGUGUGAACAUGGAGAGGCAGUUGGGGUCUCUGAUUCUGGCCACAGAUAUCAGCAGGCAGAACGAAUACCUGGCCAGGUUCAGGACACACCUGGACCAGGAGGAGCUGUGUCUGGGAAACGCCUCUCACCGCCACUUCAUCCUGCAGAUGGCCCUGAAGUGUGCAGACAUCUGUAACCCGUGUAGGCCUUGGGAACUCAGCAAGCAGUGGAGUGAAAAGGUGACUGAAGAAUUCUUCCACCAAGGAGAUAUCGAGAAAAAGCACAAACUUGAAGUGAGCCCACUGUGUGACAGCAGCAUGAACUCCAUAGCUGAUGUUCAGAUAGGUUUCAUGACGUACGUCGUGGAGCCGCUGUUCGCCGAGUGGGCUCGUUUCUCGGACACGCGGCUCUCUCAGACCAUGCUGGGUCACCUGUGCCUGAACAAAGCCAGCUGGAAGGCCCUGCAGCCCGAGGAGGCCGAGUUUGAGCAGGACGGCGGCUCCAGAGCCUUACCUCAGGGAAGCGUUGAGUCCUGACACUGCCUCGCCCUGCCCCGGCCUCAAGCUUCAAUCACUUCUGAUUUGCUCACCUCAAACCAACCACUGAUUUAUUUAAUUUAUUUAAUUUUAACAGCCUUUUAUUUUUCACUUUGACAUAGAGCAAUACAUGGAUACCUCAUUCAGCUACUGCUGCGAUUUUCAUCCUUACACUUUUUUUAGUUUUUUUUUUUUUAGUUUUUUUUUUUUUUUAAAUGUCAUAUUUUAUUUAUUUAAAUUUUUGAGGUUUUUUUUCCUGUUUUGUUUUCAUCCCGGGGGAGCAUUGCUAACUGCUAAUCGAACUCGGCUGGGGACUGGCAAAACGCUGAACCUGACGGAUCCCUUCUGCUGGGUCAAAAGUGCCAUUUUUUUCCCCACCCCUUAUCGAAUCACUCAAACACCGAGAGUAUUCACGCGACAAGUUUUUAAACGACUGCGCCAAGCGACGGUGUGUUUGUGUGUGUGUGUGUGUGUGUGUGUGUGUGUGUGAGAGAGAGUGUGUGUAAGUGUGCAUGUGUCGGUGCAUUCUGCAAACGAAUCUUCCUUCUUGUGUACAAAACUGAAAGAGAAAAAAAAGACAAAUGUGAAGAGCCCAGUCAUUUGCUGCCUCUAUGAAGACUGUUUACAGAUUGUCUUUUUUUGUUGUCAUUGUUAUAAAUGAAUCAUGUUGGUUCUGUGAUUUUUUUUUUUCUUUUUUCUUUUGCUUUUAAGCACAGAUGUGAAGAACCACUUUUACAUGUUUUGAACUGUUGUGUUACUGCUGAUGUACUGAACAAAAAACAAAAAAAGAAAACGGAAAAAAAAACCCAUCCAAGGGACUGCACUUGAGUCAGUCUGAAACGCCAGAUGCCAUACAAGCGCCUUGUGCUCUGUUGUGAAAUUUUCUCCCUGCACUCCUGAUUCUGGUGCCACAUGAUUCGGACAUGCAGCUGCUUCUGCUGUGAGAAGACCAGGGACCAGCUUUCUUCCCUUCCCUCCUGAUCUUGCCUUUCCUUUCCAGCACUCCACUCAUUCAUCCUCUAUUCCCCUCUUUCUUAUUGCCACCGAUCCUCCAUUUCUACUCAUCCUCCCUUUCACUUUCAUUACUCCGCCCUGUCUGUCCUCCAUUUCCCCUGCUUUACUUGCCCAGUGACUCUCUAUUUCCCCUCCAUCACUCCACCCUCUGACCCUCACUUUCCCCUCAAUCACCCCACCCACUCGUCUUCCCUUUUCCCCUACGUCAUUCCACACUCUGACCCUACCUUUCUCCCGUCACUCCCUGUUCCCUGUCACUCCACCACCUCACCAUUGAUCCUCUCUUCCUCUUCUAUCACUCCACCCUCUGACCCUCCCUUUCCCUCUGUCGCUCUGCCCUCUGACCCUCCCUUUCCCCCCCCUUAACUCCGCCCUCUGACCCUCCCUUUCCUCCCAUCACUCCGCCCUCUGUCACUCCCUUUCCCCUGUUACUCCGCCCUCUGUCACUCCCUUUCCCCUCUAUCACUCCGCCCUCUGUCCCUUCCUUUCUCCUCAGUCACUCCACCCACUUAUCCUCCUGAGCCCUGGAUCGAGCCUCGUGCCGCACAGGACAUGUAGCUGACUGGAAUCUCCACGGAUCUCGCUCAGGGUCUCGCAAACCUGCUCAUCAUGCCGCUGGAAAGAAAGAGGAAGCGAAAGGUGCCUUUUAUAGGUCGCUGUCCUCUCCCCCGCCGUCUGGUAACUGCAGACGACACAUGUAGAUCUAGACUCCCUUUCAGAAUGUGUCUCAGCCACAGUCGAGCUCUCCAUCCGGAAGACUGCUUCAAAAUGAUGCCUUAAAACUAUGCACAAAGCUAAGUGACCAAACCAGCUUGUAUUUACAUUAAAGCGCAUCAUCACGUCCGUUUCAUUCUCGUCCAGCCCUUUGCCUUCUUUCAUGGGAGAAUUAAAAAAAAAAAAAAAAAAUUAAUAUAUGGUGGAUAAAUUGAUUCAAUAAUUUGUCGUUUUUUUUUUAAACAUUGAACAUUCCAUUUUUGUUUAUUUUACUCUGUACAGAUCGUGCAGUUGUGUUUUUUUUGGUGCGUCUCUUUCCAGUUCGAAAGAGAGCAGGUGCUUUUUUUUUUUUUUUUUUUUUGGUCUUAUUUUAGCUGAUUUGUAUUUUUGUUGUAAGUGCUGUAAGACUGUUUCAAAAAAACUGUUUACAAUUUGUUGUAACAGCCAUUUUGGGGAGAAGACUUACAUGUCAAGCCAUUUUGUAAAGGCUUUGUCGUACAGACUUUUUGAUACAUGCUUGUUGCAGUUGCAUUUUUGAUGAAUAAAAAUUGUUGACAUGAUGUUUCAUGGUACAUAAUGAUGAGAUUUCGGGUCCGUUAGAUUUUCUUUCUUUCUCCCUGUAGCUGCUGUUGGAUAUCGCCCCCUGCAGGCUGAUGAAGGUCAUUGAGAAGACAACCUGCCACUACUUGCUUAGAGGAAAAUACUAAUGCUUAAUGAAACAAGCUUCUUUAGUAAGACAAAACCCCCAAAUUACCUUCCAGAGCAUCCAGCUCGGGUUCACGUUGGUCUUUUGAAAUAACGACUGUUUGUUUUGUAUAAAGUAUGACGUCACAUUCCCAAUACACAUUCCUCAGACCAGACAUGAAUAUCCUACAUUUUCUUAACAUUUUCAUUUAUGGUUAGCUGACCUGUGUUCCAAGAUUUAGGUCGUUCCUAAGGAUUGGACAUGAAUUGGACUGUAGUUAUUGAGCGAUCUACAGGUCAAGUUACGCUACUGGUAAAGUAUCAACACUACACAUAACACUGAACUAAAACAGCUCCUGAUGAGCCGUUCCAUCGGAUCUUGGUAUGCUCUUUCCUGUAUAAUAUUGAUACAGCUAUGUAAAAGUAAACGGUAAAACGUCUCUAGAUUGAACAGGAAUACAUGUUCAUGAAUACAUUUUGAGUCAGUUUCUCAUUUGAUUUAUUAAAAUUGUUUUUAUUUAUGCAUGCAUGGGAGCCCAUUUUCUCCAAUAGUGACAAUUAUUCUGUACUAGUGGAAACGAUUCUCCAUUACUGAAAAUGAUUCUCUAAUUAUUCUCCACUAGAGGAAAUGAUUCAACAGUAUAAUGAUUCGUUAAUAGUGAAAUGACUCUCUACCAGAGAAAUGAUUCU